AAAAAGCAGGAGGUUUUGUUGUUUGUGGCAGUGACAGUUUAGCUGCAGCACUUCAAGACACGAGUUUGUUGAAUAUUCUCACGGCGGUGACGGUGGAAGUGCUCCAAGAAAACAGAACAUUCUGUUUUGCUUCCUGAAUUUCGCUAAUCCUUUGGCUAGACUGUGCGUGCGUGUGUGUCUUUGGGAAUUUAAUUCUUCGACAAAAGAUCUUUUCACUGCAAGCCGUACUCAUCAAAUACCAAUUAAUCUGAGAUCAUGUGUGACGAACUAACAAAGGAACAAACUGCACUGCUGCGCAAUGCGUUUAACGCAUUCGACCCGGAGAAAAAUGGAUACAUUAACACGGCUAUGGUUGGCACCAUCCUCAGCAUGUUGGGCCAUCAGCUGGACGAUGCCACGUUAGCCGAAAUCAUUGCCGAGGUCGACGAGGAUGGCUCGGGGCAAAUUGAGUUCGAGGAAUUCACGACCCUGGCAGCACGCUUCCUGGUUGAGGAAGAUGCCGAGGCAAUGAUGGCCGAAUUGAAGGAGGCCUUUCGACUAUACGACAAGGAGGGCAAUGGCUAUAUAACAACCGGAGUUUUGCGUGAAAUUCUCCGUGAGCUGGAUGACAAGCUGACGAACGACGACUUGGACAUGAUGAUUGAGGAAAUUGAUUCCGAUGGCUCGGGCACUGUUGACUUUGAUGAAUUUAUGGAAGUUAUGACGGGCGGCGAUGACUAAACUCUUAUAAUUACCGGAUGCCAUUUAUACAACAUAUUUAUUUAUUCUCACAAUUCGUUUUAUUGGCUACCUUUUGGCAAACUGAAAGAAAUUUAAUUGAAAUCCAAAUUAACUAUAGUAGACAGAAUUUCAAAAAUAUUUUUGGAGUAAUACACUUGAACACCAUUUCGAUGAUUUUGGUGAUCGUGAUGCAUCAAGCUUAAUACUCAAUCACUAAUAAUUGUACUUUGCAUCAUUUUAUUAAGUGUAAAAUUAAAUAAACGGACGUGUAAAAAAUAUGGAAUAAAUGCAUGGAACAAUUUUAUUCUAAGACUCGGCAAGGCUACACACAUUAGUAUUAUUUUUUAUAAACGCAAAAUCUAAGCCACUUUUGGACUCUUUAGAUCUCCAAGUGGAAUAUCGUCUUAUUUUAUACUAUUAGUAAUAAAAA